AUGCCUGUCACCUCGCCCUUUGCGCCCCUCCGCAUCCCAGAAACAGACCUGUUGACUUACCUCUUCCCCCCUGGUCAACAUGUAUCUGACAAGCCGCUGUGGAUUGAUGCCACCAAUCCCCACCACUCCCUGUCGCCGAACCAGAUGCUCCAGUGGAUCAAGAGACUGGCCGUCGGUCUUGACAAAAUUGGCUGCGCCCGUGGUCAGGUGGUUCUGAUCUACACUCCCAAUCAUAUCUUUGUCCCUGCUGCUUACAUGGCCAUUGUUGGCUCCGGAAGAAUAUUCAGCGGAGCAAACCCCGCCUAUACCGAACCUGAGCUGCUGCACCAAUUGAGAGACACCGGCGCACAAGUUCUUUUGGCGCAUCCUUCUCUUGCCUCAACCGCCGUGUCGGCUGGCCAAAAAGCCGGCCUCGCAACCAACAGGAUAUUUCUGUUUUCGGACGUGGAGCACGAUCCCCUCCAUGCCGUGCGUGACUGGAGAGAAAUGAUUGGCUCAUCUGACGAGGCAGAACUGUAUCAGUGGAAGCGCAUGACUGGAGCCGAGCCCAAGAACACCGUGGCUACCGUGAAUUACUCGUCCGGUACUACAGGUUUGCCCAAGGGAGUCUGCAUAUCCCACUACAGUCUCAUCGCGAAUGCCGAGCAGGCCAUAUACAUGCGCUAUGCAUUCAAGAAACGAACACCGGAAAGAUGGGCAGGUUUCCUGCCUCUAUACCAUGCCUAUGGCCAGCUCUACGCGAAUAUCUUGGCCCUCAAGCUGCAGGCAACCAUAUACAUCAUGAAGCAGUUUGCUUACGACCAUUUCCUCCGGGUCAUUGAGACGUACAAAAUCAAUUCCUUACAGGUAGCGCCGCCUAUUCUGGUCAUGAUGAGCAAACGUCCGGAGACAGCGAGGUACGAUCUCAGCUGUCUCGAAGAGAUCACAUGUGGCGCAGCACCACUUUCCAAGGAAUUGGCCGACGACAUCGUCAGACGCUUCAGAGUCUCCCUGAAGCAGGGCUAUGGCAUGACAGAGUUGACUUGUGCGGCCAUUGUUAUGCCCGGUGGAGCCGAAGAGCUCAAAGACAACACCGGCUCUGUUGGCCAGUUGUGCCCCAACACUGAGUGCAUCCUCCGGGACGAUGACGGAAACGAAGUCUUGCCCGGAAAGCCUGGAGAAAUGUAUAUUCGUGGACCACAGGUUUGCCUUGGAUACUGGAGAAAUGACCAAGCCAGCAAAGAGACCCUGAGCUCUGAUGGCUGGCUGAGGACUGGUGACAUCGCCAUGGAGAGAGGUGGCUGGUUUUGGAUUGUUGACAGGAAAAAGGAGCUCAUCAAGGUGAAUGGACUACAAGUGGCUCCCGCAGAACUCGAGGCUGUUUUACUCGAGCACAAAGAUAUCGCUGAUGCUGCUGUCGUGGGUAUUACCCUACGUGGCGAGGAGUGGCCACGCGCGUAUGUUACCUUGAAGGGUAACAAGAAGGACAAGACGACGGAGAAGCAGAUUCAGGAUUGGAUGAAAGGCAAAGUGGCCAAGCACAAGCGACUGAUUGGUGGUAUAUCAUUCAUUGACGAGGUACCGAAGCUUCAAAGUGGGAAGAUUAUGCGCAAAAUUCUCAAGCAAUGGGCUAGCCGCGAUGCUAUGACAUUUGGAGCCAGUGUAGCGGCAAAGCUUUGA